UUGAAUCUCCUUAAAGAGAGCGAGAUAUCCGUGCCUCGGCUUGAUCGACUCGUUGAUACUUUUUUAAAUUAUUUUGUAGCUAACCUCUAUUUUUUGAAUAUUUACACCAACAAUUUUAAGGAGAUUCAAAGAUGGAGGCUACACGCGUAAAGUUCAACGAUACAGCCGGAGAUCUCAACAAGCCCUUCCGCUUCAACGGAAGCCACUUCAAGAGGUGGAAAGGAAAAGUGUUAUUCUACCUCAAUUUACUUAAAGUUGCAUAUGUUCUCACGGAGAAGAAUCCAAAGAAAAUGAAUACCGAUGAUAUAAAUGAAGACGAACUUCUCGAACACUAUGAGAAAACUGAAAAAUACGAGAAUGAUGAGUAUAACUGUCGGUAUUAUCUUCUUAACUGCCUUUCGGAUCAAUUUUAUGAUUAUUAUGAAAACACUUACUCCUCUGCAAAGAAGAUUUGGAAGGCAUUGCAACUUAAAUAUGAUAUAGAGCAAGCUGGUGCAAAGAAAUAUGCUGCUAGCCGCUUCUUUCGCUACCAGAUGGUCGAAGGAAAGUCCGUGGUUGAGCAAGUUCAAGACUUUCAGAUGAUCGCUCAUGAAGUUCAAUCUGAAGGAGUCAAGUUUGGAGAUAACUUGAUCGUACUAGGGAUCAUCGACAAGCUACCACCAUCAUGGAGGGAAUUCCGAAAAACCCUUCGACAUAAGCAAAAGGAAAUGUCUCUCGAGACAUUAAUUGCACGCAGUCGCGUGGAAGAGGGGGCAAAAGGCCAAGAUACACUUGAAGCAAAGAGAAUGAUGCUAGCGCCACUAAGGUAAACUUAGUAUCUUUUAAUACUUUACCUAAUAACAAUCGUUCUAGAAAAACAUACUUGAAGCCUAAGAAGAAAAUUAGAAAGAACAGUGAUAGACCUCAAUUUAAGAAAAAUGACCAAGGACCUCCUUCUUAUGUGAAAAAUAUAGUUUGCUAUGUCUGUGACAAAAGUGGGCAUAUUGCUCGAACUUGCAAAUACCGGAAACAUAAAGCUUUACCUCAAGCUAAUGUUACCGAGGAGCCACUUGUGGCGAUGAUAACAGACAUAUGCUUAGUGGAGAAUGCUGAAAGAUGGUGGGCAGACUCUGGUGCCAAUAGGCAUGUCUGACAUGAUGAGACUUGGUUUAAAAUAUAUACUCCCUAUGAACAACUAAGAAGUAUUAUGCUUGGUGAUUCGCAUACUUCUGAAGUUUUAGGAAGUGGUGAGGUCGAGUUAAAAUUUUCUUCUGAAAGGGUGCUUAUUUUGAAAGAUGUGCUGUAUACACCCUCGAUUAGAAAGAACUUGAUGUCAAGUUUUCUUUUUCAUAAAGCUGGCUUCAAACAGACCAUCGAGUCUGAUCAGUAUAUGAUUUCAAAGAAUGAAAAAUUUGUAGGUAAAGGUUAUGCAUGCGACGGAAUGUUUAAAUUAAACAUUGAGAAUAAAGCAUUAUCUACUUCUGCUUACAUGCUUUCUUCUGUGAAUUUUUGGCAUGCUCAUUUGUGUCAUAUCAACAGCAGAUAUGUUAGCUUGAUGAGUAGUUUAUGAUUAAUUCCCAGAUUGAAUAGUGAUUUUGACAAAUGUGAAACAUAUAGUAAGUCAAAAAUCACUAAACGACCUCAUAAAAAUAUUGAAAGAAGUACCGAAUUACUUAAGCUAAUUCACAGUGAUAUUUGUGAAUUUGAAGGUAAUCUAACUCGUGGAGGAAAUAGAUAUUUUAUCACUUUUAUUGAUGACUUUUCAAAAUAUACUUAUGUUUAUUUAUUAAAAAAUAAAAGAGAUACUUUUGAAAAUUUUAAAGAUUUCCUCCAUGAAGUAGAAAACCAAUUCGGUAAAAAGAUAAAGAGAAUUAGAAAUGAUCGAGGUCGUGAGUAUGAAUCUACAGGAUUCAACUCUUUUGUGCAGUCUUUAGGAAUUAUCCAUGAGACUACUGCUCUAUAUUCACCUGCCUUUAAUGGAGUGGCUGAGAGAAAAAAUAGAACACUUAUUGAGCUAACAAAUGCUAUGAUGGUUGACACUGGUGUACCCUUAAAUCUUUGGGGUGAAGCUAUUUUAACUAUAUGUUAUGUCUUGAAUCGCGUGCCACAUAAGAAGUCUAAGGUGACACCCUUUGAAUUGUGAAAAGGUUAUAAACCAAAUUUGGGAUAUCUUAAAGUGUGGGGUUGUCUAGCAUAUGUGAGGCUAUCAGACCCUAAAAACCCAAAUUGGGUGUUAGAGUUGCCACUUGUGUUUUUCUUGGAUAUGCUUUGAACAGUACGGUCUAUAGAUUUUUAGACAUUGAAAAUAAUGUGAUUUUUGAAUGAAGAGAUGCUAUUUUUCAUGAAGAAAAUUUUUCUUAUAAAUCGAAAAAUAGUGGGGGUGAAGAUUUUAAAAGUGUUUCAAAUAAUCCGAGUUCUUCAAACUAUUUCUUACAAAAUCAAGAAGAAAAUAUUUUUGAACCAAGAAGAAAUAAACGAAACAGAAUAGAAAAGGAUUUUGGCCCUGAUUAUGUUGUUAUGAAUAUUGAAUAAAAUUCACUUUCUUUACAAGAAGCUUUAUGUUCAAAUGAUUCAAUUUUUUGAAAAGAGACUGUAUCUGAUGAGAUGGAAUCCCUAAUUUCUAAUAAAACAUGAAAAUUAGUGGAUUUACCUCCAGGCUGUACAACAAUUGGUUGUAAAUGGGUCCUCAGAAAGAAAUUAAAACCGAAGGAGAGUGUAGACAAGUAUAAAGCAAGACUUGUCGCAAAAGGUUAUAAACAAAAAGAAAAUCUAGACUUCUUUGAUACCUUCUCUCCGGUGACGAGAGUGAUAUCCAUCAGAGCUCUGAUUGCUAUUGCUGCAAUUCAUGACUUACAAAUUCAUCAGAUUGAUGUAAAAACUGCCUUUCUAAAUGGUAACCUAGAUGAGAAAAUUUAUAUGGACCAACCUGACGGGUUCAUUGAGCCUGGACAAGAAAAUAAAGUGUGCAAGCUAAAUAAAUCCUUUUAUGGCUUAAGGCAGGCACCUAGACAGUAACAUGAAAAAUUUGAUUCUUGCAUGAUUGAGAAUGGCUUUAAAUUAAACAAGUAUGAUAAGUGCAUCUAUUACAAAAUUUUUGAAAAGUUGCAUGUAAUUGUUAGCCUUUAUAGAGAUGAUUUGCUAAUUUUUGGGUCUAACUUAAAUGUUAUAAAUGAGACAAAAAUUAUGCUAAAUUAUUAUUUUGAAAUGAAAGAUCUUGGUGAGGCUAACUAUAUUUUGGGUAUGAAAAUUACCAAAACACCGGAUGAGAUCUUUCUUGAUCAGUCGCAUUAUGUUGAGAAAAUUUUAAGAAAGUAUAACUUUCUUAAUUGCAAGCAUGUGACUACACCUUUUGAUUCGAGUGUUCACUUAUUUCCUAUUAAAAGUGAAAAUGAAAAUACGCGCAUAGGUUAUAGGAAUGCACUAUGAAUGCAUGUAUAGAUUAUGUCAUCUUCAAUGCAAAUGUUAUAAAAAAAAAAUUAACACUUAAUAAUAAAAUGUAACAACAUUCCUCCAUUCAUUUUAUUAUUUCGCCUAUGUGAGCAUGGAAGUGGGGCCGCAUCCUAUGAGAACGGGCUUAUUCUCAAAUAUGCUCAUGAAAACCACGAUCAGCACAGAGCCGUAACGUGCUAGCUAUUAAAGCUCAUGUCAACACCUGGAUUGUUAUAUAUGAGCCAAUAACUUUCUAUUUCCCCUAAGCAGCCAAAGUUCAAGUCUGAGACCACUUUGGCUCUGGAGUAGAGAUUACUGUUUCACUAAGUGAAUGUUCAAUGCAGAGCACAUCUUUAUUAUGUAUAACGAUCCCUUUUUGUCCAUCAAAUUCUCACAUAUUCUUAAUAAUAAAAUGAGUGGGGGAAUAUUGUUACAUUUUAUUAUUAAAUGUUAAUUUUUUUUUAUAACA